AUGGGUGGUGACCAGGGACGAUUACAGGAUCAGAAGUUUGGGGGUGCUGAGCACCCAGAGAGUUGCCCAUCCAGGCAAGAUGACGCCGUUCCUGUGUCCUCCGGCAACGGCUCCUCUCGCACCGCCAGUCGCAGGAAGAGGACCAGCUUCUCCAAAGAACACGUGGAGCUGCUGCGCGCCACCUUCGAGAUUGACCCGUACCCUGGAAUCACCAUCAGAGAGAGCCUGUCCCAGACCACAGGCCUGCCCGAGUCCCGCAUCCAGGUGUGGUUUCAGAACCGAAGAGCUCGCACCCUAAAAUCAAAAGGAUCCAGCAAAGCCCAGUGGCAGUCUCAGAGCCCAGCGCACAGUCCACAGGCUCGCCGCCACACACAGGCCUUUGCACCUCAAAUGCAGCAGGUGUUAAACAAUGGACAGUUUCCUCCUACCUUCAAUGCCACCGGAGCGUAUGGACAGUGUGGAGUCUCGUAUGGGAUUCAACCAGGAGGCUCAAUGGGCAGUAACCCCAGCUCAAACCUGUGGGAGUACAUGCCUCAGCCAGGCUGCCAAAACUCCACUGGGGUGCCUGCGUGGCGUCAGCCUUCCGUGGAGAUGGUAAGCUACAACUCAAGCUCCAGCCAGGCAGCCUCCAUGCACCCUAGUUCAGACAUACACGACCUCCUUCAAAUAUUCAAAGCAGACACUCCUGAUUCUGGAUUCUUCAACAGCAGCCGAGAGAGCAGCCCAACGGGUUGUCUGGAAGUCCCGACCCCACAGAUGAGGAGUAUUGGGGAGACUGUAGCAGCUCUUGAGGACGGCAGGGAUGCAGGAUAUCCGCCAGUGGUCCAGGAUAGCUCACUGCCAGUGCUGUCAUUGCAAGAUAUUAUGUGGGAGCUGAAUGAGGAAUGGCUGGGAGGAAAUGGACUGUACAACGGAGUCACUGGAGAGGAGCCCCCUUACUUCUGAUGGCUAUGAUGAGUAUUUUUAAUGGCUCAAGUGUUUGACGUAUUUUCA